AUGGUGCCGUCGCGGGGCGCGAAGAGCGAGUACAUGAAGCGCUACCAGGAGCCCAAGUGGGAGGCGUGCGGCCCCUGCUACCAGGAGCUGCUGCGCUACCGCCUGAGCCGCCGCCUCCUGGAGCAGGCGCACCGGCCCUGGUUCUGGGACGGCUGGGAGCAGGACAGCAACGGCGGCGGCGGCAGCGGAGGGUCCCCCUCGCCGCCGGGCACGUCCAGCCCCCCGGCCGCCCAGCAGCGGGAGGAGGAGGCGCCCGGCCAGCCUGAUCCCGGCAGGCUCGACGGGGCCGGGGAGAGCCGCCGGCCCGGCCCGCCGGGACCCCCGCGUGGAUCCGAGGAAGAAGAGCAAGAAAAAGCGGAAGGGAAGGCUGAAAUCAAGGAAGCUGAAAAGAGGUCUGCAGGGGAAGAAAGGAACGAUUCAACAGGUCGUCGGCCUGGCCGGUCUCCAAGCCGCGGUGCCUUGGCCAGCCGAGGGGACGGACGACGAGCGAAAAGCCCUCAAAGGACAGAAACACCAAAGGGAACAAAACACCCGUUUGCUUUGUAUGGCUGGGGAGAAAAACAGACUGAUACGGGCAGUCAGAAAACUCACAAUGUCUGUGCAUCUGCUUCAGCAAAUGAAAUUCACGAGUCGGCAUUAAGAGCCAAGAACAGAAGGCAAGUAGAAAAAAGAAAGUUGUCUCAGAGGCGGAUUCACUCGGCAGAAGUAGAAAGAACCUGGAGAACAAAAUCCUCUGGCCCAGACAAUCCCUGGAUGACUGAAUACAUGAGGUGCUACUCAGCUCGAGCCCGGUGAUUCACAGCUUGAUUGGACUAAUUUUUAACUCCGAAAAUGUUUUCCAAUGCUUUCAGGAUACUGGUGCAAAGCCCCAAAGUACUUAUGCAAGGCUUUUACAAAAGGAUUUUCUAGCAGUUUGUUUUGUUAUUUAUAUUUGGGUUGUUUCUGUCUGCAGUAAGCGGAACAGAUGGAUCCAUUCUGAUGGGAGAUGUAUUUGCUAAUGUAGCUUCCU